AUGGAUGGGUUUUAUGACCAGCAAGUCCCUUUUAUGGUCCCUGGGAAAUCUAGAUCAGAGGAAUGUAGAGGGCGGCCUGUGACUGACAGAAAGAGGAAGUUUUUGGACACAGAUUUGGCCCAUGAUUCUGAAGAGUUGUUUCAGGAUCUCAGUCAACUUCAAGAGGCUUGGUUAGCUGAAGCACAAGUUCCUGAUGAUGAACAGUUUGUCCCAGAUUUUCAGUCUGAUAACUUGGUGCUUCAUGCCCCACCUCCAACCAAGAUCAAACGGGAGCUGCACAGCCCCUCCUCCGAGCUGUCAUCCUGCAGCCAUGAGCAGGCUCUCGGUGCUAACUAUGGAGAAAAGUGCCUCUACAACUAUUGUGCCUACGAUAGGAAGCCUCCCUCUGGGUUCAAGCCAUUAACCCCUCCUACCACCCCCCUGUCGCCCACCCAUCAGAACCCCCUAUUUCCCCCACCUCAGGCGACUCUGCCCACCUCCGUGCACCCUGCUGCGGCGGGCCCCGUGCAAGGGGUGGGCCCGGCCCCCACCCCCCAUUCGCUUCCAGACCCUGGACCACAGCAGCAAACCUUCGCGGUCCCCCGGCCACCACAUCAGCCCCUGCAGAUGCCAAAGAUGAUGCCUGAAAACCAGUAUCCAUCAGAACAGAGAUUUCAGAGACAACUGUCUGAACCCUGCCAUCCCUUCCCUCCUCAGUCAGGAGUUCCUGGAGAUAAUCGCCCCAGUUACCACCGGCAGAUGUCAGAACCUAUUGUCCCUGCAGCUCCCCCACCCCCUCAGGGAUUCAAACAGGAAUACCAUGACCCACUCUAUGAACAUGGGGUCCCAGGCAUGCCCGGCCCCCCAGCACAUGGCUUCCAGUCACCAAUGGGCAUCAAGCAGGAACCCCGGGAUUACUGCGUUGAUUCAGAAGUGCCUAACUGCCAGUCAACCUACAUGAGAGGGGGCUAUUUCUCCAACAGCCAUGAAGGUUUUCCAUACGAAAAAGAUCCCCGGUUGUACUUCGAUGACACUUGUGUUGUUCCCGAGAGACUGGAAGGCAAAGUCAAACAAGAGCCCACCAUGUAUCGUGAGGGGCCCCCUUACCAGAGGCGAGGCUCCCUUCAGCUGUGGCAGUUCCUGGUUACCCUUCUGGAUGACCCGGCCAAUGCCCACUUCAUUGCCUGGACAGGCCGAGGCAUGGAGUUCAAGCUGAUAGAACCUGAGGAGGUUGCUCGGCGCUGGGGUAUCCAGAAGAACCGACCAGCCAUGAACUACGACAAGCUCAGCCGUUCUCUACGCUAUUACUAUGAGAAGGGCAUCAUGCAGAAGGUGGCCGGGGAGCGAUACGUGUACAAGUUUGUCUGUGACCCGGAUGCCCUUUUCUCCAUGGCCUUCCCUGACAACCAGCGCCCGUUCCUGAAAGCAGAGUCCGAGUGCCACCUCAGUGAGGAGGAUACCCUGCCGCUGACACACUUUGAAGACAACCCCGCUUACCUCCUGGACAUGGAUCGCUGCAGCAGCCUCCCCUAUGCUGAAGGCUUCGCUUACUAA